GUGAAAAACAUGAACGCUUUUGAGCGUGCUCUUAAUGCAGAGGGCUUGACGGUCUCAACAAUCCACGGCAAAGGCCGUGGUCUUGUUGCUGCCAAAGACUUUUUGCCCGGGGAUGUGAUAAUUUGUCAAGAACCUUAUGCGAGCUCGCCGAGUAAAUCUUCCACGGGGUCGUCAUGUGAUGGAUGUUUUUCAACUACCAACUUGAGGAAAUGCUCUGGAUGCCGGAUUGCGUGGUAUUGUGGUAGUGCCUGCCAGAAAUCAGAGUGGAAACUACACCAACUGGAAUGCAAAGCCCUUUCCUCCUUGACCGAGGAUAAGAGAAAAAUGCUAACUCCAACGAUAAGAUUAAUGAUCAGACUUGUACUCAGAAGGAAGUUGCAAAAUGAUCGGGUUAUCCCAACAACUGCAACAGAUAAUUAUGACUUGGUGGCUGCACUGGUUUCUCAUAUGUCUGAUCUUGAUGAGAAACAAAUUGUACUGUAUGCUCAAAUGUCUAAUCUUGUGAAGGUGGUACUUCCUUCAUUGGAGGUUGACCUCAGGGAGAUAACACAGAACUUUUCAAAGCUUUCAUGUAAUGCUCAUACAAUCUGUGAUGACGAGCUCAGACCACUGGGAACUGGACUGUAUCCUGUAGUUUCCAUUAUUAAUCACAGUUGUAUACCAAAUUCAGUUUUGGUAUUUGAGGGUCAAAUAGCAUUAGUUCGGGCUGUGGAACCGAUACAUAAGGGUGAUGAAGUUGUGAUUAGUUACAUUGAUACUGCUGCAACCACUGAGACAAGACAAAACUCCUUAAAUCACUAUUUCUUCAAAUGCAGUUGUCCUCGUUGCACCAAGAAUCCACUUGAAGAGCUUAAGGAAGUUGCUAUUCUGGAAGGUUAUGGAUGUAAGGAUCAGAAAUGCUUUGGCUUCUUGUUUUACAAAGCCGAAAAUAAAGCUUUUACAUGCCAGGUAUGUGGUCACAGUAGGGAUGAGUACGACAUAAAUAGGAUUGCUAAUGAAGUAGAAAAAUUAUCAGCAAAGGCUGCUUCUUCUCUUGCCACUGGAAAUCUUUCUGAAGCUUGCUUGUUGUACAAAAAACUUGAGCAGCUCGAGGUUAAUUUGUUUCAUCCUCAUUCAGUCAAGUUGUUGGGAACUCGUGAAACUCUUCUGAAGGUGUUUUUGGAGUUAAACGAUUGGAGAGAUGCCUUGACGUGUUGCCAGCUGACAAUUCCUGUCUAUCAAAGGUUGUAUCAAUCUCCUCAUCCCUUGCUUGGUCUACAGUAUUACACUUGUGGGAAGCUCGAAUGGCUACUGGAACAAACAGAGGAUGCUCUGAAAUCAUUCACUAAGGCAGUGGAGAUCCUUCGUAUCACUCAUGGCACCUCGACACCAUUCAUGAAGGAGCUGUUCAGCAAACUAGAUGAAGCACGUGCUGAGCAUUGUUACAAACUAUCAGCCAAAGACGACUGAAAGAUUGAAGUCUUAUUAAGGUUUUGUUUAGGAUGGCUUUCUUACUGCUUCUUAAAACAACUUUUUAAUAUAAAAAUGUUAUUUUUUUACUAGAAAAUUGCUUUGAGAAGCAGUAUUAAAGCCGUUCCAAACGAAGCCUAAGUUCAUAAGCACCGCAAAACUGCCAUGGCUGUUUGAAGGCUUUUCGUUUGAAGGAAUUGAUUAGAGAAAUGAAAAAGUAUAGAACUUUGCGAGCAUGAAUUGAAUUAGUUUUCAUAAUAAUCUAAAGUAACAUACUACAAUUAAAAACAUUUGUUCAUGAAAAAUAUCUUAUGGGGCCUUCUAUCCACCAGCCUUUGUGCAUCGAUGUUGAUGUAGACUUGCAACUUGCAUUACAUUGUAGAUAGAUGUUUGCAAGAUUAGAGUCUGUUCGGGAUAAUUUUCUUUCUACUUUGAUUUUUAAAUCUCAAUCAUAAUUAUGUUUA